GGGGUGCGGCGGAGGACAGGCACCAAGCACCAGUGCCACCAGGCUCUGCCAUUACGAGAGCGGCCACGAACUCGACGAGAUCUCCGUGGUCGGUGGUGGUAGAUCCGGAGAGGGUCUUACUACACCUACUACACCCUGUCAUUGUAGCGCACUUAAAUAUGGCAGCGGACAAACUCUUUACAGCGUUGCAGGAUCCGUGCCGCCUGCACCAGCUGCGCCGAUUCAUAGAAUCGUUCCUGGCAUCGCCACAUCGACAGGAGGCGCUGCCGGCGGGGCCAGCGAUCGUCUCAGCGGCGGUUCGGGUUCCGCUUUGGGCUGCGAGAAACUUCGUGAAAGAGGCGUGAGGGGUAGCGACGCCAGAAGCAGAGAACGUGAGGAGGAUAGCAAGAGCGUGGGCAACGUCUCCAGGGGCGGCUUGCCUUCAAGGCAGAGUCUACUGGAUCUGGUCAGCAGUAAGUUCAUGAGCAGACACAGCCCGACUCAUCAUUACUAUCAUCAUCAGCAGCAACAGCAGGUAUAUUCGGUACCGCAACGCUACUUCAGCUCCUCCAGAGACUCGCUCCACGCGGCCUACGUGAAUCGUGGUUCGAGCGAACUCGAUUUAAGUCGAAAAUCCAGAAGACGAGAUCACCUGCGCGGGAAAUUCAAACUCCCGAAUGCCGUGGCGCUGGCUACGUCCAGGGAACCCUCGCACCUGCACGCACCUUCGUCCAUCAAUCAUCUGAACAGUAAUAGCAGCUGCAAUGGCACUGAGACAAGAUACACCGCCCAACAACAGCAACAACAACGUGGCAGUCGUGGAUACCCUGGACAACCCGGAUCACGUGGUUUUCGUACGGGCGCACCUAACUGGUCCUUCGUUUUUGAUCCGGCCGGUCGUCUUUGCUAUUAUUGGUCCAUGGUCGUCUCGCUUGCGUUUCUUUAUAACUUCUGGGUGAUCAUCUACAGGUUCGCCUUUCAGGAGAUCAACGGUGAGACGCUGAUUGUCUGGUUCUGUCUGGACUAUCUAUCCGAUCUUCUCUACCUGGUUGACAUUGUCUUCCACUUUCGGACCGGGUACCUGGAGGAUGGUGUGCUCCAGACCGACGCCACCAAACUGAGACAUCAUUACAUGAACAGCACCACGUUCUACAUAGACUGCCUGUGCCUGCUGCCCCUCGACUUUUUAUACUUAUCUAUAGGAUUCAACAGUAUACUCCGAAGUUUUAGACUGGUGAAAAUUUACCGAUUCUGGGCAUUCAUGGAUAGGACCGAGCGACAUACCAAUUAUCCCAACUUAUUUCGCUCCACCUCGCUGAUUCAUUACUUGCUGGUGAUCUUUCACUGGAACGGGUGCCUCUAUCAUAUUAUUUAUAAGAACAAUGGUUUUGGGAGCAAGAACUGGGUAUUCAACGACUCCGAGACCGCUGACGUGGUCAAGCAGUAUUUACAAAGUUACUAUUGGUGCACGCUGGCUCUCACUACUAUCGGAGAUCUGCCUAGACCCAGAAGCAAGGGGGAAUACCUGUUCGUAAUAGCACAGUUACUCUUUGGCCUGUUACUCUUCGCUACGGUACUUGGACACGUCGCGAAUAUUGUGACGUCAGUCAGUGCUGCCAGAAAGGAGUUUCAGGGUAAAGAAGGAUAGGAGUAAAAGUAAAAAGACCAGACAGCGAGGACCAGGGGUGGAUAUGACAAAGGAAAGGAAAAAGGGGGCGCGUUCGGACAAAAAAUGACGUGAUGGAGUACAGUCAAGCACCCUCAUGAGGAUGCAGUUUAAUAUGGAAUUAUAAAAAAAUUCUUCACGGAUUCUAUCAACUAUUUGAAACACGUUGCAAGGAAUAUACGACAGCCCCUACA